CUGACGGACUGACGAAUGGACUCCACUGACUCAACAGGGCUAGCUGGGCGAACCGAGCUGUUAAUGUGGCCAGUGGCCAAAGCGAAAUGUCAGUUGAAGUUCGCAAGUCGAGCGCAAAAGUUGGAAAUUAAAUCAAACAUAAAACUGAGUACAAGAAAAUAUUCGUUCGUGCCACGUCCUGGCGCCGCUGUUGGGUCGAAAAAUGAAAGGACGACAUGCCGAAAGUGUUGCACAACUUUCUUAUAUACUAUUUGUUGAUUUUACAAAGCAGCGAUGGGGCACGCACCCAGCCAGAGAUCGGCAGGCGUGAUGGAUUAGCAAAGUUUGAGUUUAACGGCAAACAGCAGCAGGAGCAGAAGCAGCAACAACAGCAGGAGCAGCCAGCAAAGGUCGCCCACAAUGGCAGCGUUGGUCUGGCAGAUACCCUGCAUGAGUUUAAUUUUGCAAAAAUCUAUGAAACUUUAUACGAGCAACUGGUGCAGCCAACAAUUGAGCAGAAGCAGGAGCAGCAGCAGCAGCAGCAGGAGAAGGAGAAGCAGCAAGCUCCGUUGCGUCAGGGGCGUGGCCUGCGCCGGCCACAAACGCAGCUGUUGUGGAUACCCGAGCGUCAGCCAAUAGCCACGACUCCACAGCCCUUUCACGUGCUGCAGCAGCUGCAGCAUGACUUGGAGGAGCAGCUCAAGCACAGCACCACAAAGAAGCCAUUUAGUGUGCUGGAGCAGUUGACGCUGGAGCAGCUGAAGCUCUUGCAGCAGAAGCGGCCGAACAGCAGCUUUAGCAUAUUGCAGCAACUGCAAUUGGAGCAGGAGAAGCAGCUCAACAAGACCAGCACAGUGGAGCCAUUCAAUGUGUUCGAGCAGCUGGAUAAGGAUCUGCAGGAGCAGGAGAAGCACGAGCAGCAUGUGGAGCAGGCCAGCACCUUUGAGGUUGUGCAGCCAGCGACAGCUGAGCCGCUGGAGCAGCACAAGAGCGACGCCAAGGUGCCGGCGGAGUCAUCCCGGGCCAAGGACAGUCAAAAGCGAAAACGUAAGCGAAUUCGGCGUCGUCGCAAACGAAUUCGCCGUCGCCGCAAGCGCAAACGUCGUCGUGGCAAAAAGAAGCGCAAGAAGAAACGCAAGAAGAGGAAGAAGAAGAAGAAUAAAAAGGAGAAGAAGAAAAAGAAGAAGAAGAAGAGACGUCGACAGCAGAAACCCGAAUACGAACAUCCGCCACUGGGACAGCCGGCUCACCUCGUCUAUGCCAAUCCCACCAAGCAGCCGUACCACUCGCACUACCACGGCACCACAUGGGAUCCACAUGGCCAGCAGCCACAGCCGCCAGUGGCGGCAACCACAAUUCUGCAGGUGGUGACCACCAAACGUCCAUCGACCACUAAGGCGCCCUUUAGCAAAAUCAAAUAUCUGCUGCGCCACAACACCCUGUUCAAGAGGAAGAAGAAGGAGUGGUUCAGCCAUGUGGGACACGUUCUGUAUCCGUUCAUCAAGUUUGUUGCCUUCUUCACAGUCCUCAAUCCCUUCACACUGGGCGUCUUCCUCUUCACUCUGAUCUCACCCGUCGUCUUUGGCUUCUUGGGCUUCCUGCUGCUGAGUGUCCUGGUGAAGCCGUUCCUGCACCUCGUCUUUGGCGUCAAGGCCAGUGUGGAUAGCAUCGAGCGUCAACGCUAUCUGGCCAACAAGCGCGCCGAGCAGCUCAAGCUUAAUCUGCGUCCAGUCACCAUCCAUAAGCACUACUACCAGCAGAAGCCGCUGCACUCCACACCACCGCAACACUUUCCGCCGCUCGCGAACUGGAGACGCCAGGGCCCACCGCCCGAGCUACGGCGUAAUAAUCCGCCACCGCCUGCCAUGCGUCGCUAUAAUCCUUUGCUGCCCGCGGUACGCGCAGCGCUUGCUCGCGAUGAUCUUCAUUUUUAGUCAAUAAAACUGAUUUGUAAAUAAUGUUGAA